AUGGCUGUGAUGGAGCCAGCUCAGGAUUUCCCCUUGCCAAACCUGAGCUUAUCGCCCGCCUGGAGCAAGGGGAAGAGCCGUGGGUGCCCGAUCUCCAGACCUGCGAGGAAAGAAGGCUUCCAAGAUGCCUCCAUACAGAAAAUCCACACAGGAGAGAGACUCCACAAGUGCGUGGACUGUGGGAAAAGUUUCAAACACAGGUCACACCUUGUUCAACAUCAGUCAGUCCACACAGGAGAGAGACCCCACAAGUGCUUGGACUGUGGGAAAAGUUUCAAGGAAAGGUCCUACCUUGGUAAACAUCAGGCAAUCCACACAGGAGAGAGACCCCACAAGUGCUUGGACUGUGGGAAAAGUUUCAUACAAAGGUCAGACCUUGUUUGUCAUCAGUCAGUCCACACAGGAGAGAGACCCCACAAGUGCUUGGACUGUGGGAAAAGUUUCAUACGAAGGUCACACCUUGUUUGUCAUCAGUCAGUCCACACAGGAGAGAGACCCCACAAGUGCGUGGACUGUGAGAAAAGUUUCAUAAGAAGGUCACACCUUGUUCGACAUCAGGCAAUCCACACAGGAGAGAGACCCCACAAGUGCUUGGACUGUGGGAAAAGAUUCAUACAAAGGUCAGACCUUGUUUGUCAUCAGGCAGUCCACACAGGAGAGAGACCCCACAAGUGCUUGGACUGUGGGGAAAGUUUCAUACGAAGGUCAGUCCUUGUUACACAUAAAGUAGUCCACACAGGAGAGAGACUCCACAAGUGCUUGGACUGUGGGAAAAGUUUCAGACGGAGAUCAGCCCUGGUUAAACACCAGAAAAUCCACACAGGAGAGAGACUCCACAAGUGCGUGGACUGUGGGAAAAGUUUCAAACACGGGUCACACCUUGUUCAACAUCAGUCAGUCCACACAGGAGAGAGACCCCACAAGUGCUUGGAUUGUGGGAAAAGUUUCAUACAGAGGUCAGAGCUUGUUAGACAUAAAGUAGUCCACACAGGAGAGAGACCCCACAAGUGCUUCGACUGUGGGAAAAGUUUCAAACACAGGUCACAGCUUGUUUGUCAUCAGUCCGUCCACACAGGAGAGAGACCCCACAAGUGCGUGGACUGAGAGAAAAGUUUCAUAAGAAGGUCACACCUUGUUUGUCAUCAGUCAGUCCACACAGGAGAGAGACCCCACAAGUGCUUGGACUGUGGGAAAAGUUUCACAUGGAGAUCAGACCUCAUUCAACAUGGGAGAAUCCACACAGGAUGUAAAGUUCUGUGACACAUGGCAUGAGCCCCAGAGGGACAGACGGUUCCACGGGCAGUCCUCCUUCGAUACCCCAUUAGAGAUUUCAAAAGGUCUCUUACCUCUUGAUUGGCGCCUUGGGGUUCGAAGGGGAACAGUCCGCAGUAGCUGCCGCUGGCUGAGCUGGGCGUUACCAUCCGAGUCACGGCAUCAAUAAUUGUGGAAGAAAACAGAGUUUUUACUUUUAGGUUGAUUGUAACAAAUCAGAGACAGUUUAUUCUUAAGCAAUUGCAAGAGGGGAACUGCACACCCAGGCAGGGAAUCUUUCUUACUCCAGGUAGGGCUCCAAAGAUAAACAGUUGGAGCAAGACUUUCUACCUUUUUUUUUAAUCGACAAUAAUGAUUAUAGCUGAACAACCUUGCCACUUGCUGAAUCCAGAAAACAGGAUCUACAUAAAGGUCCAUCAGCGAAAGACCGCCCUGGCUCCAUGCUGGAAAGGCCCUUGUCAAGUCCUGCUGACUACCAACACCGCUGUAAAAUGCCAAGAACUGACUGCCUGGACCCGUGCUUCUCACUGCAAAAAGGCCUCUCCACCUCAAGAGGACUUUACGACUGAUGAUCAGCCUGUUUCUCCUUCUGGUGCUGCUGUUUCUUUUGGGCAGCAGAAAAAAAGGAUAAGUUAAAGUGCUAGUAACCUCUUCCUUGUCCACUGACAGAACUACCAUGCAUUUGAUUUGUGCUAAAAAACCUAAAGCAUUACAGGGUGAUGUGCUAGUAACCUCUCCCCUGCAAAAUGCUAAACCACCACUGUGCCAAGAAGUAGGAACACUUACUCUACUGAAACCACCAAAGCCCAGGGAUUUCUGACCACAAAGAACAUUAAAAACUGGCACUGGUGGGGAAAAAAAAUAUUGUAUACUAGCAAGAAGGAAAUUAUGGGGACGAGUCUUGGUUAGUUAGGAUUAUAGGGGAAAGUGUCAGAGUGGCCACCAGUGAGAGUUGCUGGCCACACUCUGAGGCCACCAAAUUUGGUCAUGAGAUCCCCUGGGCCAGAUGCUCAUGAUGGGCCCUUCUGAUCAUAGCGCCUGGGAGUGGAACAGGAGACAGGUGUGACGACACAUUGCAAAACCCUCACGUUUUGCUACUAGUUGCAGUUUCUGCCGCACAACGUGACCAUCUGGGCUCCUGCUCAGGACUUGCUACCGCCUGGUCCAUAGGGUUGCGAAUCAGGAGGGACAGGGUUUGUGGUCGAAAACACUCACAUUCUGCUUCCUCUUGGCUAAUGUGCCAAAUUGACCUAUUGCAGGGGUCUGGGGGGUUCUGCAUUUUAAUUUA